UCUAAUUUGCACUACAAACAUAACUCACCGACUGAAUUGCUUGUUUUUCAGGAACCAAAAAUGCCGAUUCAGAUGCAAAUAUUUAUGAUUCUUGGCAUCGCACUAUGCCUUAUUUCAGCAACACACGCCGAUCAAGCAAAUGCUGUUUACUACAAUCCCCCUUAUACCCCUUCGGCGUGCUAUCAGAACCAAGACCGUGGAAACAUGGUGACAGGGGUAAGCGAUGCCCUAUGGAACGGCGGAGCAGCGUGCGGAAAACGGUACCGAGUGCGAUGCAUAGGGGCGACGAAUACGGCGCCGCACCCUUGCCACGACGGUGCUAGUGUCGUGGUAACGGUGGUUGAUUAUUGUAGACCACAGUGCAAUGGAACUCUUAAUCUUUCUAAAGAUGCUUUCGCUGUUAUUGCUGAUACUGAUGCCGGCAAUGUUAAAAUUGAAUUUAACCAGGCUUGAAACUCUUACAGU